AUGACAACCGAAAAGAGAUUCACCGGCUCUCGCAUCAACGUCAAAUCCAUCGAAACCCCCUCCAGCGCAGAAUGGCGUGUCCGCUUGUCAGGCCCAAAUAUGAGAAACCUCAUGAAUGGCCAUCGUCCGCAGGACAUGGACGAUAAAUGGAUGUGUAUGACGACUGGGCCUGCGGAGCAGGGAUUGAUUCGGGUACGCAUGUGCAGAAGUUGGUCAAAUCAAGAAAUCAUCGCCCUCAUAGGACGCGUCGGAAGUGAUGACGAAGCAAUUAUCGCUGAGGAAGGCGGAGAGAUUCUGGCGAUUAUGUGGCCUACGCCCAAAGAAGACGAGUAUGAUCCUUUUGAUGAGGAGGGUGCGAAGAAGUUUGCCAUUGGGUUCUGUCGACACUUUAUGAAUUGUGAGCUUGAAGGUUGA